UCUCUUAAGAUGGUAGCUUAGUUUUAACUUCUAUAUAUAAAUAUUGAUGCAGUAAAAUUUGUUUCUUAUUAAACUAAACAUUAUUGUGGUAUCACAAAAUUCUAAGGCCCUGUUUCAAUCAUGAUGAAGAAGAUAGGAAUGACACAUCACAGCUCCAGGGUCCUCAGUUCGAUUCUGAGCCUAUGUGGAGCUGCUAAUGUUCUCAUUGUGUCUAUGUGGGUUUCCUCUGCGUUCCAUGGGUUCCUCCCACCUCUAAGAAACUGACAAAAGCUUUUCAUUUAUAAGAUAUCUUUCCUAUUACACUUUAUCCAAUUGGUAAGGAAGUUAAAACACACACACACACACAUGCGCUUACGCACAUACACUCUACUGUGGUUUUAUAUUGGGAAACAUAGAAUAAACAGGAAAGGUAUGAGUUUCUACAGAUACAGAACCGACUACACAGAGGAGUAGGACGUGAAAAACAUUUUAUUCAACAAAUUUGCAAUGUGCUGCCUUUUUAUUUUCAUUCUUUUCAUUUCAAAUGUUGGCAGUCAGGCAUCGAGGAAGUUAAGUCUUCACACUGGAGCAUCUGUCACCAUCCCAUGUUAUUACGAUAGGAAUUAUAUUCAACAUAAGAAAUACUGGUGCUAUAAUAAUGUUGAAUCAUUCAGUUUCUGCAAAAUUCAGGCAUAUACCAGUGAGACACAGGGGAAAGUGACAGUGACUGAUAACCCAGCUGAGAGUCUCUUUACUGUGACUAUGAAUAAUCUCCAGACAGAAAACACUGGAUGGUACUGGUGUGCUGUAGAGAUAAAUGGAUUGAGAGAUGUUCAUGAAAAUCUCUACAUCACAGUGAAAUCAGAUCCUGAUCUGUCUGUGAUGGAGAGCAGAGUGAGUGGUGAGGAAGGAGGCAGCGUCACAGUCCAGUGUCUCUACAGCGCUGCGUAUCAGAAUACACAGAAGCAGUGGUGCAGAUUUAUAGACAGCCGCUGCAACAAUACGGGGAGGACUGCCACAUCCCAGAAGUCAGCAGUGAACCUCAGUGAUGAUGGGAGAAGAUCCUUCAGUGUGCAGAUGAGUGGACUGAAGAAGAGUGAUGCUGGCUGGUACUGGUGCGGUGCAGGAGAUCUGCAGGUUCCUGUUCACAUCAGUGUCUAUGGUGAUGCUCCAGCUACAAUAGAUUCGUCAGAUUCCAAAGAAUGCAUAAAGCCAGAGAUGUUCUGUAUUGCACACAGGUGAAAGAGGUGAUCGUGGUGGCAUUGGGAAUUUAUGAAACUGGAACAUUCUCUUUGUGUUCACAACUGAUAUGAGAAAGUGUGGUACAAGGGAUUCUACUGCAAUGGAGUUCUUUAUAUUUGGACUAUAUACAGCAAAUAUACUUAUAGUAACAUGUGUUUUAUAUGCUAUUAUUGAAUAUUGUUAAGAUAAGGUUGAAAAUAAAGUUCUCAAAUCGUGUUCUCAGUUGCUUUUUGCAUCUUUGGUUUAAGAUGCUGUAUGUAUUAUUACUGUAUUAUUACAAUCUAAUCAAUGCAAUGUUAUACUAGCUGUACAGGAAGGUUUGUGUUAUGCUCCGACAUGUUUCUGUUUCUCUGAUUUGCUAAAUUGCUAUUAGAUAUGCUGAGUUUCAGGGUGGUCUGGACUCAAUUUUAUUCACAACAAUGAAAAAUCUUACCAUUUUUUAGAUAUAUCAAUCUAAACUGGUGAAUGUGAGGCACAGCACGUGAAUAAAUGAUAACCAGAAUUUC